AUACCUGGGUCCCCCGAACUGAGAUCACUCGGAAAGCUCCCAUCGACGAGGAACACGAGGAAAUCAUCACUGCAUCCCUUCGCCCAGUCGUCGGGGGCUGCUUCUUUCUCAUUUCCUGUGGAAACCCUGAGAAUAAAAUAGUACAACGUGCUCUAAAAGGACAAAAGUCACUCGAUGCUUAGCACACUCCCCGGAAGCCGAGCUAACCCAGCGGGGACUCCCAGGCUCUUCGGCGGCCACAGCGCCUCCCACAACCCCUCCCUCCGAUUUCGGUGGCCGCAUUCCCUUUAUCUCCUCCCGUCCAAGCCCCGCUGCUACAAGGAGCGCAAUCCCUGCAGUCCCGGCCCCGCGGAGGGCUCCGGUCUCUCCAGACCUCGGCCGGUCAGGGCCUCCCGGCCCCCUACGGAGCUUCGUAACCGCCCCGGAGCGGGGACCGACGCCGCGGGCUGGGCCGGUGGCAGCGGCCAGGGCUGGCUCGCGUCGCUCUGCGGGCGGGGAGUCGGCGACCCGCAGGAGGGGAGAGUGGGUUCCCCUCGGACGGGACACAACACGGGUCUCACCCCUCCCUCCGAUUUCGGUGACCGCAUUCCCUUUGUCUCCUCCCGUCCAAGCCCCGCUGCUACAAGGAGCGCAAUCCCUACAGUCCCGGCCCCGCGGAGGGCUCCGGUCUCUCCAAACCUCGGCCGGUCAGGGCCUCCCGGCCCCCUACGGAGCGUCAGUAACCGCCGGAGCGGCCCGACGCCGCGGGCUGGGCCGGUGGCAGCGGAGGCCGCGGCCAGGGCCGGGAGUCGGCGACCCGCAGGUGGGGAGAGUGGGUUCCCCUCAGACGGGACACAACACGGGUCUCAACUCGCUUCCCACCAUCUUGGGCGGAAGCAGCCCGGAAACGCAUGGCCGACCGGAAGUGUGCCCUUACCAUCGAGACAGCAGCUCGAGGGCCGUCCUCGACUUUGA